CGUGUGCGUGUGUGUGUUUGCAGUCCGCGCGUUGGCAAUGUAUGUGUUAGUCGUGCCGUUUUGCCCUUUGGUGUGCCUGAUAUGCUUUGGUGUGGGAAUUGGCGAUUUCACGUACGGGCUUGGCAAGCAGUUUAACAAGGGCGACGUAAACCACCAAAAUGAUGAUGAUGCAAAGAGUAAGCUUGAAUUUCCAGAGCACUGGUACCAGCAGUCCCAAUCAUCCCAUGGCAAUGUGAACGAUGACGAUUUGGCCGAUGAGCUACUGCACAAGGAACAUGAUCACGACUAUAUAAACGUUUCCGAGUAUCCACCACAUCUCGAGCAUGAUCAUGACCAUGACCAUAACCAUGACCAUGACCGUGACCAUGACCAUAAUUAUGAUCUUGUGCAUGACCACGGUCACGCUCACCAUCCAGAUCACGAUCCCGAUCAUGACCAUGAUCACGAUCACGACCACAACCACGACCACGAUCACAUCGAUGAUCAUAUCGAGGGCAUCGAUGAAGUUGACAAGAUGUAUGGGCACGUCUUUACCAAGGAACCAAUGAUACCUCAUAAGCCAAGCAUUGCGACUGGCGCGGGCACCACAAGCACCGGCGACACCCCAAAGUUCCGGAAUGUUGGUGCCCAGGGUGGACGUGGCGAUAUGUAUGUUGUACGCGAAUCCGAUCGACAGUCGAGCACACGUGGCCGUGAUGGUUUUGUGGCCGGAGCGAACAACAAGCAGAAGGGAUUCCGCCCAUUUGCGAAUAGGGUUGUUGUCCAUGACGAUCCCCGGCAGCUGAGUCAGCCCGGCGAUGGCUACAGCGCACCACCGUCCACUGGUUGCCACAAUAGCUGCGAGGAGUUGCAGUGGCAGUGCAGCAAUUGCCAGUGCAUCGAGUCCCAUGGACGCUGCAAUCGCGAGGUGCAGUGCACCGAUGGCUCCGACGAGUUCGAUUGCGACAAUACCGACGACAUGAAGUCCAAGCUGGAGAAGGAGUGCGAGCAGAGCGGCCUGCAUGUUAUGUGCCCAAAGACCUUUCGCUGCAUCAACAAGGACUGGCUAUGCGACGGCGACGAUGACUGCGGCGACUACUCGGAUGAAACGCAUUGUGGAGCGCGCACCAAUUGCACGGAGGAUCAGUUUGAGUGCCAGAACGGCUUCUGUAUUCCACGACCGUGGCUAUGCGAUGGCGAGAACGAUUGCAAAGAUUACUCGGAUGAGGUGCACUGCAAUCGCAGCAGCUGCACCGAUGAGCAUUUCACCUGCAAUGACGGCUACUGCAUUUCCCAAGCCUUUCGCUGUGAUGGCGAACGCGACUGCGAUGACAACUCCGAUGAGCACAAGUGUCCGGCCGUUAUCAACAGCUGCCCGGAGGGUGAGUUCAAGUGCCGUGGCGGACUGGGUGGUGCUGGCGGGCCCAGCGGCCAGUGUAUACUCAAUCGAUUCCGCUGCGACGGUGACAACGACUGCGGUGACUGGAGCGACGAGGAGAACUGCCAGCAGAAGCCAUCGCAAUGCACGUCCGGCGAAUACAAAUGUGCGGAUGGCACUUGCAUUCCGAAGCGCUGGAAAUGCGACAAGGAGCAGGACUGUGAUGGCGGCGAGGAUGAGAACGACUGCGGCAAUAUGAACCCAGAGCACCCAUUGACCUGCGGCCCCGACGAGUUCACCUGCCACAAUGGACGUUGCAUUUUGCGUACCUGGCUUUGCGAUGGCUAUCCGGAUUGCUCUUCUGCAGAAGAUGAGGUCGACUGUCACCUGCUGUGUGACGCCGGCCAAUUCCUGUGCCCCGCCAAGAAGAAUAUCACCAACCUAAAAAUAUGUGUUCAUCAAAAACAUGUCUGUGAUGGCCAAAACGAUUGUCCGCUUGGCGAGGAUGAGGUCAACUGUCCCGUCGAACAAAAGUGCCCCGAGCCCAAGCAAUGCGAGCAGCUGUGCAUCAGGACGGCUCGAGGACGGGAUGAAUGCGCUUGUCGCUUGGGAUACCUUAUGAAUACGAAUAAGCGAAACUGCACGGACAUCGACGAGUGCCAGUAUCUGACAAGUCCUGUCUGCUCACAAAAGUGCCAUAAUACGAUGGGCUCAUUUGUUUGUUCCUGCGAAAUGGGCUACAUAUUGAGGCCGGAUCUGCGCACCUGCAAGGCACUCGGAGGUGCCAUGACCCUACUGGUGGCGAAUCGUUGGGAUAUACGGCGUGUGACGCUCAGCAAUAAUCGUUAUAUGGCCAUAGUCAAGGGAUUGCACAAUGCGAUUGCAUUGGACUUCCAUUAUCGUAAGGGUAUGAUGUUUUGGUCCGAUGUCUCCACGGAUGUCAUCAAAAUGGUUUACGUUAAUGGAACGCGUGUACGUGACGUCAUCAAGUGGGGCUUGGAAUCACCGGGUGGCAUUGCUGUGGAUUGGGUGCAUGAUCUAUUGUUUUGGACGGACUCUGGCACACGACGCGUUGAGGUUGCCAAUUUCCAGGGUAAUUUGCGUACGGUGAUCGUUUCAAGUGAUUUGGAUAAGCCACGUGCCAUCGUCAUACAUCCGGGUGAAGCACUGGUGUUCUGGAGCGACUGGGGACCGAAUCCGAAAAUAGAGCGUGCUCACAUGGAUGGGUCGCAGCGACAGGUGAUUAUAUCGAAGGGUGUUACCUGGCCAAAUGGUCUGGCCAUUGAUUAUCCCAACAGCAAGAUAUACUGGGCCGAUGCCAAACAGCAUGCCAUUGAGUGCUCCAAUCUGGAUGGCAGCGAGCGGAUCAAGGUGCUUAGCAGCCAUCUGCCGCAUCCGUUCGCUUUGACUAUCUUCGAAGAUACCAUGUACUGGACGGACUGGAACACAAAGACCGUCUCAGCAGCCAACAAGAUAACGGGCAAAGGUUUUCGAUCUGUUCACGAGAACUUUCACUUUCCCAUGGAUAUACACGCUUACCAUCCAGCACGUCAGCCGGACUAUCAGGAUCGAUGCCAGAAGGAUAGGCGUGGCUUGCGCGGCGGUUGCUCACAUUUGUGCCUACCCAAUAGACUCUCUCGCCGCUGUGGCUGUCCCAUCGGAUUGUCGCUGAAGGACGAUGGCAAAACCUGCAAGAGUGCACCCGAUAAGCUCGUCCUGGUCGCUCGCCGCAAGGAUAUUCGUUUGCGUCAGCUAAACACCAAGUCAUUUGGACCAAAUGAGGUCGAUAUGAUUGUGCCACUGGACAAUUUAAAGCAUGCCGUCGCCCUCGACUGGUGUAGCGAAACAGACUUCAUUUACUGGACAGACGUGGAGCGUAGUUCCAUAAAUAAGGCUCAUCUCAAUGGCAGCUAUCAGCAGCGUGUUGUGCAUUCAAAUUUGGUAUCGCCCGUUGGCCUGGCCCUCGACUGGAUCACCGACAAACUGUAUUGGACGGAUCCAUCGACAAAUCGCAUCGAAGUGGCCACCACAAAUGGAAAAAUGCGCACACUGCUCGUCUGGGAAAAGUUGGACAAACCGCGCGAUAUUGUCGUGAAUCCAAUAGAUGGUCUCAUGUUCUGGUCGGAUUGGGGUGAGGAGGCAAUGAUCGAGCGUGCCAACAUGGAUGGCGCCAGUCGUGUUAUUAUAGCGUCCAAGAAACUAAUAUGGCCCAAUGGACUCGCCAUCGAUUAUGACCAACACAAAUUGUAUUUUGUCGACGGAGGCACAAAAACUUUGGAGAACAUGAACUUCGAUGGCAGCAGUCGCAAAGUUAUAAUCAAUGGACUGGGCCAUCCCUUUGGACUGGAUGUGAGCGGUGGUCGUGUGUAUUGGACCGAUUGGGAUACCAAGUCUGCAAUGAGUGCCGAUAAAAUGACGGGCAAGAAUGUCGCCACUGUCAUCGCCAAUAGCAGUGACCUAAUGGACAUUAGGGUGUUCCAUCGAUCGCGCAGGCGUGUCUACAAUGCGUGCGACAAGCGGAAUGGCGGCUGCUCUCACCUGUGCCUCCUCAAUCCAACAAGUUUCACGUGUGCCUGCGCCGUUGGGGUGCAGCUUAAGGAGGACCGUCGCACGUGCUCCGAGGGACCCACAAAGUACAUUCUGUUUGCCCAUCGCAUUGAUAUCCGUCAAAUCUCAUUGGACUUUGAUCAUCUAAUCGAUGUUGUGCUGCCGCUGCCACCAAUCUCCAAUGCAGUUGCGCUGGACGUUGAUCAGAAGACGGGCUACAUUUUCUGGUCGGACACUAUAGAGAAUGUCAUCAUGAGCUCCAGUCCCGAUGGCCUGCAUGUGCACAAAGUGAUCGGCGAGAGUCUAGAGAAUCCGGACGGACUGGUCGUUGACUCGAUUGGGCGAACAAUUUAUUGGGCCGAUGCCGGCAGGCACACAAUUGAGGUGGCCACCCUUGAUGGCAGACAUCGUCAUGUUAUUGCCUACAAGGACUUGGAGUCGCCUCGCGGUCUAGCCCUCGAUUACGAGGCGGGUCUACUCUUUUGGACCGACUGGGGGCACUAUCGCAAGAUCGAGCGUUCGCAUUUGGACGGCAAUGAGCGUUCCCGCAUUGUGACCGCAAAUCUCGGCUGGCCCAACGGCCUCUCGCUGGAUCUCAAGAGUAAACGCAUCUACUGGGUGGAUGCGCGUCUAAAGACCAUUGACUCCUGCGAUUAUACGGGCAAUCAGCGCAAGCUCAUCAUGUCUGCCCUACACCAUCCAUAUGCCCUGGCGCUGACCAGUGACUAUAUCUAUUGGACCGACUGGAAGUCGAAGGCACUGCACAUGGCUGAUCGUCGGAACACAAGUGCCAAGCGAGACGUCAUGACCAACAUUGAUGGCCUGAUGGACAUUAAGGUGAUUGUCAAGCACCAGUUACUCACGGAGAACGCCUGCGACCUCAACAACGGUGGCUGCUCGCACCUUUGCCUGCGAAACCCAUCGGGAUUUACUUGCCAGUGUCCAACUGGACUCAAACUACGUGAGAACAGCACAACCAUUUGUGAAAAUUUGCCAAAUGACUACCUCUUGAUUGCACUGCGCUCGGGCAUUGGCAUGAUUUCACUAAACAGCGGUGACUACAUGGACGUGGUUCUCCCCAUCAAUGGCGUCCACGGUGCUGUUGUGCUCGACUUUCAUUUCCGCAAGAGCCUGCUAUUCUUUGCUGACGUCAAUUUGGACAUUAUUCGGCGUGUUAAUCUACUGAAUUUCACUGAGAGCAAAGUGGUCGUCAGCACCGAGCUGCUGACACCAAAUGGCAUUGCUGUUGACUGGGUUGCCGAUAAUCUCUAUUGGUCGGACACUGAUCGCAAACUCAUUGAAGUGGCUCGCAUUGAUGGCAGCUGCCGCAAGAAGCUCAUCACCGAGGAUUUGGGCGAUCCUCGCUCUCUUAUCAUACAUCCCUCCAAGGCUUAUCUUUUCUGGUCGGACUGGAAUUCGCCGUCGAAAAUCGAACGCAGUUUCUUAGAUGGCUCCAAUCGCACCGCAAUUGUGACAUCGGGCGUGGGUUUUCCAACGGGUCUAACCAUUGAUUUUGCCAAUCGACGCUUGCUUUGGGCGGAUGCGCUUGAGGACAAUAUUGGCCAGGUGGAUUUUAAUGGUAAACGCCGACAGACCAUUGUGCCAUAUGCACCACACCCAUUUGGUCUUACAAUGUUUGAGAGCAACAUAUACUGGACCGAUUGGUAUAACAAGUCUGUUUACCGCUCCCAGCGAGUGCCCCGCAUGGGCUACAGCUAUCCGUUCGAGGUGCGUGAUGCGCUGAGCGGUGCACUGGACAUACGGGCCGUAUCGCAGCAGCGCCAGGCGAAGAGCUGGAAUCAGUGCGCACAGGACAAUGGCGGGUGCUCGCAUCUGUGCUUCUAUCGUGCCGUCGAUUAUGUGUGCGCCUGUCCGGAUCGACCGGAAAGCGAUGGUCGACCAUGUUCGAAUGCGCCCAGGGAGUUGGUCCCAGCACGCUUUGAGGGGGAUCCCGAUUACUCCGAUGAACUGAAUGAUGACAACGCAUCGACUGAAAAUCACGAAAACAAUAACCAGCAGGAUGAUGACCUCAAGAAAAAGGAAGACAACGAGCGUGAGUUCUUUGUGCUCAUUGCGCUCGGCGUUGUCAUUGUCAUGGUGGUCAUUAUAAUGCUAGUGAUAUUUAUGCUCGCUUUUAAUACAAAUCGCAAAAAAUCAAAGCGUAACUCCCGCGGCUCUAGCCGCUCAGUACUGACUUUCUCCAAUCCUAACUACAACGUUGACGGCACACCUAUGGAGCCGAAGACAAACAUCUGGAAACGGUUCAAAUACGAUAAAUCGCAAGAACGCGGUGGGGUGUACGAGGAACGCAGUCUAACAACGGAAACUGCUUCGUCCAGCCUAUUUGUACCGACGCCGUCACCGAUGGCAUCGCCGUCAACAAAGACUAUGCAAUUGACAACGCUCUCGACUAUCACAUAAACUCAAAUGAUGUUACAUAAGUCAUCAACCAGAAACAUUCCCUAUUACAUAAUUAAUAAUACAAUUUUGUUACGAUGAGGAUGAGAAGCGAAUG